AUGUUUGAGUCCCUGGGCCGUUAUCACCCGUUUGCAGUUUGUGCCCCCGCUGUCCCCCCUUUGGCUGGAGGGUGCAAUGCCUCUUCCAUCCGAUGUCGAGCUGCUGACCCGUGUAGAAAGUCUGUUUUUGCAAUGUUACGGCAGAUUAUUAUUAGGAAAGUGAGGAACGAGCUUGAGGAAUACUUUGGUGUUGACCUCAGUUCGCACAAACAGAAGAUAGAAAAGAUGAUACUCAACACAAUGAGCAAGCAAGCACGCCACAGCACUUCUGGGCAAAAUAAUGAUUCGCCGGGACAAUCAGAAGAAGACUCGGAUGCAGAGUCCUCUGAGUCAGCGAGUAGCUCUGUGGGGUCUUCACCUAAACCAAAAAAACGGAGGCAACCCGCAGAUGAAGAUAUGGCGAGAGCUGUGCAUGCUUCCGCCAACGGGAUGCGGAAAAGACCCAGCUCUGGAAAGUCAAAAGUUGAGAGGCGCUCAUCUGGCAGCGGAAAGUCUGGUUUCACCCGCCCUCUUGGAUUAUCGGAUGAGAUGUCGGCUUACGUGGGACAGAAGCAAAUGUCACGCGCGGAGCUCGUGAAACGGUUUUGGUCUUUAGCCAAAGAAAAUAAUCUCUUUGAUCCCGACAAUAAACAAUACGUGAUCUGUAAUGAGGAUUGGCAGCGUCUAUUUGGUCAGAAGCGGUUCCGGAUGUUUGGGAUUGCUAAGCAUCUGAAACGUCAUAUUUUGGAAUGA